GGGAAGGGGCGGAGCGGGGGUGGCGACGGCGGCGCCUCCGAGCUGGGAAACGAAACUGCUGGUGGCGGAGCAGGACCGGGCCCGCGAGCGUUGCGCCGGGCCUCGCCAGAGGGAGCCGGCCGGAGGAAGCCGCUCCGCCUGCCGCCCAAAAAUGAAGAGAAGGACGGAAACUGAAUUUAACAGCCCCCAAAAGAAGCAGAAGAGGAGGAUAGAAGACUUGGGAUUAACCCUCAGUUCUACUUCAGAUGAUGAAACUCAAUUUAGUAAUCACACGACGCGAGAGUCUUCUAGUAGCAGCAGUGGGUCUGACAGUGAGAGUGAUGAAAAAAGACCAGUCUUCAGCAAUGAGUUCAAACAAGACUCUCUUGUGGAGGGUACUUCAUCUCGCUACUCAAUGUAUAACAGUGUCUCCCAAAAGCUCAUGGCCAAGAUGGGCUUCCGGGAAGGAGAAGGUCUGGGAAAAUACGGCCAAGGCAGGAAGGAUAUUGUAGAGGCCUCCAAUCAGAAGGGACGGAGAGGCUUUGGGCUGACCCUCAAAGGAUUUGAUGGGGAGCUCAAUAUUGAUUGGCAGGAUGAGCCAGAGCCCAGUGCCUACGAGGAGGUGGACUGGUGCCUUGAGUGUACCACAGAAAUCCCUGACACCCAGGAGCUGAAGGAGUGGAUGACUGUGGGGAAGAGGAAGAUGGUGAUUGAAGAUGAAACAGAGUUCUGUAACGAGGAGCUUUUACGUAAUGUCCUGCAAUGCAAGAGUGUAUUUGAUGAGUUGGAUGGAGAAGAAAUGCGUCGAGCCCGAACAAGGUCCAACCCCUAUGAGAUGAUCCGUGGAGUUUUCUUCCUGAACAGGGCUGCAAUGAAGAUGGCAAAUAUGGACCAUGUCUUUGACUACAUGUUUACAAACCCUAAGGGCUUCGAUGGGACGCCUUUGUUAAAGGAGCGAGAUGCAGAACUGCUCUACUUUGCUGAUGUGUGUGCUGGUCCCGGUGGCUUCUCUGAGUAUGUCUUGUGGAGGCGGAAGUGGCAUGCGAAAGGAUUUGGCAUGACCUUGAAAGGACCAAAUGACUUUAAACUAGAGGACUUCUAUUCUGCUUCCAGUGAGCUCUUUGAACCUUAUUAUGGAGAGGGAGGGAUUGAUGGAGAUGGAGACAUCACUCGCCCAGAGAACAUUACUGCUUUCCGUAAUUUUGUUUUGGACAAUACUGAUCACAAGGGAGUGCAUUUCUUAAUGGCUGAUGGGGGUUUCUCAGUGGAGGGUCAGGAGAAUCUGCAAGAAAUCCUAAGCAAACAGCUCAUGCUUUGCCAGUUCCUUACAGCACUGUCUGUUGUCCGGACAGGGGGACAUUUUGUCUGCAAAACCUUUGACCUGUUUACUCCAUUCAGCGUGGGACUUAUUUAUCUGCUGUAUUGCUGCUUUGAGCGAGUGUGCAUCUUUAAACCUGUAACAAGCCGCCCUGCUAAUUCGGAAAGGUACGUGAUAUGCAAAGGGCUGAAGCUGGGCAUCGAUGAUGUGCGGGACUAUCUCUUCACGGUGAACAUCAAGCUCAACCAGCUGCGCAACUCUGACGUGGAUGUCAACCUUGUUGUCCCCUUGAACGUAAUCAAAGGCGACCAGGAUUUCUACGAUUACAUUGUCCAGUCCAAUGAAAACCACUGCAAAGUUCAGAUAAAGGCACUGGCCAAAAUUCGUGCCUUUGUUCAAGACACGACACUGAUUGAGCCACGACAGGCUGAAAUCCGAAAGGAGUGUCUCCAGCUAUGGGGGAUUCCUGAUCAGGCUCGUGUUGCUCCUUCUUCUUCAGAUCCCAAGUCCAAGUUCUUUGAGCUGAUCCAGGGCACAGACAUUGAUACCUUCAGUUAUAAACCCACUCCUCUGAAUCCCAGCACCCUGGAGAAGAUUCGUCAAGUAUUAGAUUACCGCUGUAUGGUGUCUGGAAGUGAGCAGAAGUUCCUCUUGGGGCUGGGGAAAUCUCAGAUCUACACCUGGGACGGCCGCCAGUCAGAUCGUUGGACAAAGCUGGAUUUGAAAACUGAGCUGCCACGAGAUACCCUUCUCUCUGUGGAGAUUGUUCAUGAGCUGAAAGGAGAGGGGAAAGCCCAGCGAAAAAUCAGUGCCAUCCACAUCCUUGAUGUCCUGGUGCUGAAUGGUAAUGAUGUUCGGAAGCAGCACUUCAACCAGAGGAUUCAGCUGGCAGAGAAGUUUGUCAAAGCUGUUUCUAAACCUAGCCGGCCAGAUAUGAACCCCAUCCGAGUGAAGGAAGUGUACAGAUUGGAGGAAAUGGAGAAGAUCUUUGUGAGGUUAGAGAUGAAAGUCAUCAAGAGCUCAAGGGGCAUACCGCGGCUAUCCUACACUGGCCGAGACGACCGGCACUUUGUGCCCACGGGACUCUACAUCGUACGGACUGUGAAUGAUCCUUGGACAAUGGCAUACAGCAAAAACUCCAAGAGGAAAUUCUUCUUCAACAAAAUGACCAAGCAAUCUACCUACGACCUCCCAUCUGACUCCAUUGCACCCUUUCACGUCUGCCAUUACAGCCGCCUCUUCUGGGAGUGGGAGGAAGGUGUCAAGGUUCACGACUCUCAGAAAAGGCAAGAUCCAGAGAAGCUAUCAAAGGAGGACGUCCUGUCUUUCAUCCAAGCCCACUAUCCCUAACCCUGCUCUCUUGAGGGGUGCAGGGGGGAGACUGAGCCCAGCUUGGAUUCUUCAGGGACUGAUGAGACUGGGGAGGCUCCACAGCUUCUAUCCUUGUCUUCUCCAGAGCUGAUUUCCCAGAGGUGCUGGAACCAGCAGGUGGUAUGCAGAAGGCACAGGAUGAGGCCCUGCCUUGGCAGCAUAUAUAAGCAUAUGGCCUGGGUGGUGUUGCUGCUGGAGCACGGUGACUCCUGGAGCCAAGGCCUAACACCCUUCUGUCCUGGCCUGCUGCAUGCCUGAGGCCAAGGGGCCAGCAGCUCUCAUUCAAAUGUUCAGCGAGGGCUGUGGACCUCUGUGUGCAUCAGAACUCUCUGGGCUUGUGCUUCCCUGGCAGUGUGGGAGGAGCAGAGCUGUGUUGGUGGCAGAGCUGGGCAGCAGCUCACUGAGGCUGCCUGCAUCAUGGCUGUACCAGCUGUCUCCUUGCCCUUGGCCAAGGCCUACGCUACCCAGCAGAGUGUGUUCACUCAUUGAGGAAUGCUGGCUUUAGGAUGCAAGUGUGUGUUCUUGUUUCCAUCUUCAACACUUCUGCUUAUCAAGGCACUUGGCUGACCACUGGCAAUUCCUAUGUGAUGAUAUCCUGUUGGACAAAGGCUAACACAGGUGAUGAGUAGAGUUCCUGGCACAGAUUUGAUGUGCCUGGUGCCAGGCCUUUCUCAGACCUCUGUGACAAGGAUUUUUCCCCUUUCCAGGUCCUGAGCCACAGCCUGAGGUUAGUUUGUGAAUGUGUGUAUGCCUCCCAGUACCCUGAGGCCAGGGUGUUGGGUUUCUUGGUACUCGACAUUAUUGCCCAGAUCUUCAGGGAGUAAAGGGGAUGUGGGGAGGCCUUUGGAGGAAAUGAUGGGAACGUCUGACAGGGCUUCAGUGACAACAGGUCUUGACUUUGACAAUGUUAGUUAAUCAGAAGAAAUCCUGUCGCCUGACUGUACUCACAGGAAAGAUUACCAGAUUUUCCUUUUUAAAUGUCAGAGUGGGCUCUGAAACUCUCCUGUAUUUCAUUUGGCCCUGGAGCUGCAUUGGGGGUGAAGGCACAGGGCAGGGAAACUCUCAGCAUGGUAUUUGUGUGUUGACAGACUUCUCCAUGCACUUCUGUGCUGGGCUCAAAGUUGUCUUCUGUUGCAUGUUUUACCUUCACUUCUGGCUUCCAUGGCACGUUUGCCAGGUCUUCCACAUAAAUCGGACGAUAACACACAGUUGACUGCUUUAGGCCAAGAAGUAAAAUUACUUUUGUUCUUGGCUUGUUUUUAAACACAGAUUGGCAGUAGGGAGGAAACUAUUUAGGAGUUGUCUGAACUGUGCCUUAAAGAAAGCUAUAGUUCUAGAAUCUGUAGCAGUUGUUUAGAUUCUUCCUUCCUUCUCUCCACACCUGUAUGUAUGAUUUGAACAAGCUGUAUGUAGCAAGGCGUGGAAAUUGUCACUUGUAGGUGCAGAGUGCCCUGCACCCCAUCUGAAGAAGCCAGGAGGAGGAUGGCAUGUUGUAGAAGUCCUCUUCUGCCCUCUACGAAUGAUAUCCUAUGAGCAGGCUGUGCUCACUGAGCUUGGAGCACUUCCAUGUCCUCAUGAGCAAAUUGUCUCCAUCUAGUAUUAAUUCUCUAGGAUUUGGUGUAAAUGAAGUUAGGAGCCACAACCCCUUGCAGCAGAGGCAAUCAUCACUGCAGCACGGCAGCGCUGGUGAAGGAGCCACACAGGCCUCAGCAUGGUCAGUGUUGGCGGCCCCUGAAGAGCCCAAGCAGGGGAGUGGCUUGAGGUCAGCUGGCAACUAGGUAGCCCCUACUAUCCUGCAGGGAAGCUGUUCUGUUUCUUCUCAAGCUCUGGCCAAAGGUAUAGUGGGUCAAAGCUUUUUUUUCCACUUGGGUGAUUAUUAGGCCCCAACCACGGUGAGGCCUACCACAGCAGCUGAAGGACUGACAUGCUGUUAACGCAUCCCCUUGCUGACCUGUAGACCUGCUCUGCUCUCAAGCAUCGGCAAAACAUGUCUGAAAGACAUGGUGGCCCUCCUCCCCCACCCCCAAAGAGCAAGAGGCCUACCACUGGCAGUUGUUUUGGCGAAGGCACUUCAAUGAGGGACAAGGAGGAAUCUCCCAGUGGACAGUUUCCAGGCCUGUGUGCAGUUGGCUUUUCACACCAACCAAUAAUGUGAGUUCUGGUGCUUCUUGGGCCUGCCAGUUCUGCUGCUCCCUCGGCCAGGCUCCUUGGGGAAGUGGUGUGCCCUCCACUGAGGGCCUUGGUGUCCUGCAGGCUGGCAGGCACAAAGGUGAGUAGAAGGAAGUACCCUGGGAUGAGCAUAGGCCUCUGAGGGUGCAAUAAAACCUGGCUAGCAUGCAGGCUGUCUUUUAUGAAGAUACUGUCCGCUUACCCAGUUGCCUCCAGCUCCUCCCCUCCCAAUUUUAAUUUGCUUUUAUUUUUAUUUUUGAUGCACUGAACCUUGACUGACUCCCCCUUGGAGAAGCCAAGCGUGAGCCUCCAUGUUGCUUGCUUCCCUGCUGCAAGGUGAAUGCAGAGGACUCUGUUGGGAAGGGGGGUGAGGGAGGGAGUGUUUCUGUACAUUUAAUUGCACAGUGUACAGUUAUGAAGCCAUGUAUCAUCUUGUGUUGGCUUCUUUGUGUUCAACAGCUCUGGUACCAAUACAGCCCCUUUAGCUCACAA